GCGGAGGCGGAGGGGAGGACAGAGGGUUGGUGGAGCAAGAGCAAGCCCCGGACGACGACUAGAAGAAGGAGGCGGGCGGCCCGGGCCCUAGGCCCCUCCCAGGCUCUGAGUCUCCCGGGCUGCAGGCGGAUGGAUGGGGCUUCUUCAGGCGGUGGCGGCAGCAGCGGAGGUGGCGGCGGCAGCAGCGGCAGCGGCUAUGGUGUGGUGGCUCGAUUCUCCCAGUGCCUGGCUGAGUUUCGGACGUGGUUAAGAACCAACUGGUUGAGGUUCAAUGCAGACAAGACGGAUGUGAUGCUGCCAUCUGUUGAGUCUUCAAGUCCAGGAGGUUCAGCAACAUCAGAUGACCAUGAAUUUGAUCCAUCAGCUGACAUGCUGGUUCAUGAUUUUGAUGAUGAACGCACAUUAGAAGAGGAAGAAAUGAUGGAAGGAGAAACAAACUUCAGUUCUGAAAUAGAGGAUCUUGCAAGGGAAGGCGACAUGCCAAUUCAUGAACUUCUCAGCCUUUAUGGUUAUGAUAGUACUAUUCGACUACCUGAGGAAGAUGAGGAGGAGGAGGAGGAGGAAGAAGGUGAAGAUGAUGAAGAUGCUGAUAAUGAUGAUAACAGUGGCUGUAGUGGGGAAAAUAAAGAAGAGAAUAUAAAAGAUUCCUCAGGUCAAGAGGAUGAAACUCAGUCUUCCAAUGAUGAUCCAUCACAAUCUGUUGCUUCUCAAGAUGCCCAGGAAAUAAUCCGUCCACGUCGAUGUAAAUAUUUUGAUACAAAUAGUGAAAUAGAAGAAGAAUCUGAAGAAGAUGAAGAUUAUAUACCAUCAGAAGACUGGAAAAAGGAGAUUAUGGUGGGCUCCAUGUUUCAAGCAGAGAUUCCAGUUGGCAUUUGUAGAUACAAAGAAAAUGAAAAAGUAUAUGAAAAUGAUGAUCAGCUCCUGUGGGACCCUGAGUACUUACCGGAAGACAAAGUGAUUGUAUUUCUUAAGGAUGCAUCUAGAAGAACAGGUGAUGAGAAAGGUGUAGAAGCAAUUCCUGAAGGAUCUCACAUAAAAGACAAUGAACAGGCAUUAUAUGAAUUAGUUAAAUGCAAUUUUGAUACAGAAGAAGCAUUAAGAAGAUUAAGAUUUAAUGUAAAAGCAGCUAGAGAGGAAUUAUCUGUUUGGACAGAGGAAGAGUGUAGAAAUUUUGAACAAGGGUUGAAGGCCUAUGGAAAGGACUUUCAUUUGAUUCAGGCUAAUAAAGUUCGAACAAGGUCAGUUGGUGAAUGUGUAGCAUUCUAUUAUAUGUGGAAAAAAUCUGAACGUUACGAUUUCUUUGCUCAGCAAACGCGAUUUGGAAAAAAGAAAUAUAAUCUUCAUCCUGGUGUCACGGAUUACAUGGAUCGUCUUCUAGAUGAAAGUGAAAGUGCUGCUUCUAGUCGAGCACCAUCCCCUCCCCCAACUGCCUCAAACAGUAGUAACAGCCAGUCUGAGAAAGAAGAUGGCACUAUAAGCAAUAGUAAUCAAAAUGGGGUGUCAUCUAACGGACCAGGUGAAACAUUAAACAAAGAAGAAGUGAAAGUUGAAGGGUUACAGGUUAAUGGACCAACAGGUGGAAGUAAGAAACCACUUCACACAGAUAUGGAUACUAAUGGUUAUGAAACAGAUAACCUUACCACUGACCCAAAAAUUGCCCAUACGACUGCAAGAAAUGAAAGUGAUUUUGAUGAAAAAAGUGAGAGACCUGCCAAAAGGCGAAGGGUGAACAGCAAUGGAAAAGAAAGUCCGGGUUCUUCUGAAUUUUUCCAAGAUGCAGUCUCACAUGGAAAAUUUGAAGAACUUGAAAACACAGACGACUAAAUUUUAGACUUAUUUUACUUUCUUUGGAGUAAAUUCUGGUGUGACU